CUCUCUCGGCCUCUUCCCACUGGUUGUUGACUCUUGUGCCUCACUUUCCCAAUCUCUUUUAUAUCCAACCACGAACAGAAUUGCAAGGAAUCCAAGUCCAAACAAGCAGCUGCCAUGAAACCACUUCAAAAUCCACUUCUUCUCAUUUUUCUCUACCUUUUCUCUCUUUCCUUGCACACAUCAACAACAUCAUCAGCAUCAGCUGCAACAGAAGCAGAAGCUCUCAUCAAAUGGAAAACCAGCCUAACCUUCCAUUCUCUCAAUUCAUGGUCCAUUGCCAACACCACCAAUCUCUGCCGUUGGAUCGGCAUCCGCUGCGACAACAAAUCUUCCACCGUCAUCGAAAUAAACCUCCCCAAAUCCAGUCUCACUGGCAUGCUCGAUGAAUUCGACUUCGCUUCCCUACCCAACCUCACCCGCCUCAACCUUAAUUUCAACAACCUCCAUGGUGGGAUCCCGGCCAACAUCUCUGCUCUCUCGAAACUCACCUACUUGGACCUCAGCAGCAACAACUUCACUGGACAAGUCCCGCCGGGUAUAGGAAGCCUCUCGGAGCUCAUCGAACUCCGUCUCUUCAACAACAGCCUCACAAGCCCGAUCCCACACCAGCUUCUCAGCCUCCAAAAGGUACGGCAUUUCGACCUCGGAUCAAACUUCUUAGAGUCCCCGGAUGCUUCGAAGGUCCCGAACAUGCCUUCUCUGAUGCACCUCUCGCUCUACCUCAAUGAGAUGGCGUCGGAAUUCCCACCGUUCAUUCUCAGUUGCAGGAAUCUGACAUACCUUGAUCUUUCACAAAAUAAGCUAACUGGUCACAUACCAGCAUCGCUGGUCACCAACCUAAGCAAGAUCGAAUACCUCAAUCUUACAGACAACUCGUUUAGUGGACCGAUUCCCACCGAUCUUUCUAAACUUCCUGGGCUCAAAGACCUCCGACUGGGGAAGAAUGGAUUCACCGGAACAAUCCCACCACAGCUGGGAUUGAUCUCGAAUCUCCGUAUCCUAGAACUUUAUGAAAACCCAUUAGGUGGGCAAAUUCCAUCUUCUCUAGGUCAGCUACGAUCACUUGAACGGCUUAGUCUCCACACUGAUGGCUUGAAUUCCACCAUCCCCUCCGAGCUUGGCUUGUGUACUAACCUUGUCUUCUUAGAUCUCUCUAUAAACAGCCUCACAGGCAUCUUGCCUCUUUCUCUAUCCAAUCUAACCAAGAUAUCUGAGCUCGGGAUCUCAAUCAAUAUGCUCUCAGGUGAGAUCUCACCGUACCUAAUCAUCAAUUGGACAGAGCUGAUCUCAUUGCAGUUACAGACCAAUGAUCUCACAGGAAGGAUCCCAGCUGAGAUUGGCGGAUUGAAGAAUCUCAGCUACCUUUACCUCUAUGGGAAUCGGCUUUCAGGUCCGAUCCCACCUGAGGUGGGGAAUUUAGAAAACAUGUUAGAAUUAGACCUUUCCAAUAACACGAUUACCGGUCAGAUCCCACCAAGUUUAGGAAACCUAAAACAGCUCCAGGUCUUGAAUCUCUUCUCCAACAAUCUCACAGGAAACCUCCCUCCCGAGAUAGGAAACAUGACUUCCCUACAACUCCUUGAUCUUAACGACAAUCGGUUGCACGGCCAGCUGCCAAAAACCAUCUCUAAGCUCGAAAACCUUCUUCUCUUCUACGUCUACACCAACAACUUCUCCGGCAGCAUUCCGGAAGAUUUUGGGCAGAACAGUGUCCUGGUCAAUGUCAGCUUCUCCAACAACAGCUUCUCCGGCAAACUGCCACCAUCGAUCUGCAGGGGACUCUCCCUCGUGUAUUUCACGGUGAAUGGAAAUAAUUUGUCAGGCCCAUUGCCAGAUUGCUUACGAAAUUGUUCGGAUUUAGUCAGAGUGCGGUUGGAAAGGAACCGUUUUACAGGGGACAUCUCAAAGGCAUUUGGAGUCCAUCAGAAACUAGUGUACAUCGAUCUCACCGGGAAUCAGUUAACAGGCGAGCUUUCACCCGAGUGGGGAGAAUGUAGCGCACUCACUUACUUGCAUAUAGCAGAAAACAGAAUUUCAGGCAGAAUUCCAAGAGAGCUUGGGAACCUUACUCAACUGCAAGAUCUGAGCCUUUCCUCAAAUCGUUUUACAGGAGCGAUCCCUCCUGAACUGGGUAACUUGAGUAUGCUAUUCAAUCUUAAUUUGAGCAACAACCAGAUAUUAGGCAAUAUCCCUUCCAAGAUUGCCGACUUAUCUGAGCUGCAAGAUCUCGAUUUGUCAGCAAACAUGAUUAACGGCAGUAUUCCUGAAGACCUUGGAGAUUUCAUUCGCUUAAUUAAUCUGAAUUUAAGCCAUAACCGAUUAUCAGGAGAGAUACCAUUUCAGCUCGGCAAUUUGGUUUCUUUGCAGUUACUUCUAGACCUCAGCAGCAAUUCACUCUCUGGGGCGAUCCCUCAGAACUUGGGGAAGCUAGCGUCGCUUGAAAAUCUGAAUCUCUCUCAUAACAAUCUCUCGGGCAGAAUUCCAUCGGCGUUGUCUGGGAUGAUUAGUCUACAAUCUGUCGACUUGUCAUAUAACAAGUUAGCGGGUCCCAUCCCAGCCACACAAGCAUUCCAAAAUGCUUCAUCAGACGCAUUCAUCGGGAACUCGGGCUUAUGCGGUAAUGAUGCCAAAGGAGUGCCCCCUUGUUCUACUACUUCCACCGGCAGUCGGAAACAGAAGAAUCAGAAGAAGAUCAUCAUACUCGUCGCUGUCCCAGUUGCCGCCAUUACAUUACUAGCUACUGCCAUCUUAGUACUCCUACUUCUAAGGAGGAAACCAGUGGAAUCAAUGGUCCAGAUUGAAAGUCCCGAGGAAGAGACAACCCAAGUCUUGAUAUGGGAAAGGGAAGGCCGAUUCACUUUCAAUGACAUCGUAAAAUCAACUGAGCAGUUCAACGAGCGGUACUGCAUUGGGAGAGGUGGGUUCGGGAGCGUCUACAAAGCAGAGCUACCAAGGGGCCAGAUCGUCGCGGUGAAGCGCCUCCACAUGUCGGACUCCGGCGAUGUACCGGCCCAUAACCUCAGGAGCUUCGAGAAUGAGAUCCGAACGUUGACGGAGAUCAGGCACCGUAACAUAGUCAAAUUGUACGGCUUCUGUUCGAGCAACGGGUGCAUGUACUUGGUGUACGAGUAUGUGGAGAAGGGUAGUUUGGGAAAAGUGCUAUAUGGAGAGGAAGGGAGUGGGAGGUUGGAUUGGGUUACGAGGGUGAAGGUCAUCCAAGGGCUGGCGCACGCUCUCUCCUAUCUGCACCAUGACUGCUCGCCUGCUAUUGUGCACCGGGACAUAUCGAUAAAUAACGUGCUGUUGGAGGCGGGAUUUGAACCUCGUGUAUCCGAUUUCGGAACUGCGAGGCUGCUGAGCGCUGAUUCCUCAAACUGGACUGCGGCUGCCGGGUCUUAUGGCUACAUGGCUCCAGAGCUUGCUUACAUGAUGAAGGUUACAGAGAAAUGCGAUGUAUAUAGUUUUGGUGUGGUAGCACUGGAGGUUUUGAUGGGUAAACACCCAGGGGAGCUCAUCACCUCACUAUCAUCAUCAUCAACAUCAUCCGAUGGCCAAGAUGUGUUGUUGAAAGAUGUACUGGAUCAACGUCUCCCACCCCCGACUGGCCAGCUGGCAGAGGAGGUGGUCUUCACGGUUAAGAUUGCCCUUGCAUGUAUACAGGCCGGGCCUGAGUUGCGGCCCACCAUGCGUUUCGUGGCGCAAGAGAUGUCGGCUCACACCCAGGCGUAUCUAUCUGAGCCCUUCCGUGCCAUUACCAUGAGCAAGCUGACCAGCUUCCAGAAGUAAGCCUGCAAACUCUCUUGGGUGCAACGAUCGAAAAUCUGUAAGGUCGCACCGUAUCGGUCCCGUAUACCCGUGUGGCCCAUAUCACAGCCCGUUUAGGGCCCGUAGAACUGAUACAGAAGCUGGUGAUGUGCAUUGUUAGUGAAAUCCUUAUUACAUAGUUCUAUAUUUUAUUUUCAUGAUUUAAUGUAAUAUAAUUUUCUAUUAGAAGGAAGUGUUUGGAUAAACAAACAAUUCAAAUUGAGAAUAUUUAGUUUGAUCAAUAUGAAAGGACAAUUAAUGAUGGCC